GACCCCCUUCAGCAAAUACACAAGACGUUGUCAAUUAGACACACAGGUUAGCUGUGUCGGUGUGAUGGGCUUGAGGUCUGUUUAAUUUGAAGUCUAAUAUUUUUUUAGGUGGUGUUUGGUUGAAGCCAGGGAUAGUAAAGUUCCUCACCACACGGUGCUCACACACUGUACCUGUAUCCAGCGCACACGACUCCACACACUCUCUACAGUGCCCCUUCACACACAGCAUUUCUGAAUAUCCUCUGGAUUGAGCUGAUGGAUAGUCUUCUCUGUUACUGAUCAGGAGUCAGCUCCUCUGUUAUUGAUCAGAAAUCAGCUCCUCUGUUAUCACCACCGUGCACAGAGACUUCUGCCCGCUGCCCUCCUCGUGAACGCGCCCCGACGCUCCGUGCGGACGAGCAGCCCUGUUUGUUUGUGUUGAGAGAUUGGAAAUGGCGGAGAGCAGAGACCAAAGCGAUAACUUGGGUUUGCAAACGCGAGUGCGCCGUCAUUGAAACACAGAAACCGCCCGCAAGUGAUCCCGGGAGUUACUUACGACCCGCAGCUGCCGAUGGGAUACAAGUCGGACACGGCGAGGACGGAUUUACGGGACGAGGUUUGGACUUAGCAAGCUGGUUAGCUAGCUAAGCUAGCCGUGCUGGCAGCCUGGCGUUAGCUAGCCUCAAGUCGUGUGUGAUUUUAACUACGCAGGCUUGUUUGUCAACAGAAGCUGGCGUUGAAUUGCUAGCGAGCCAGCUAACGUGCAACUUUUACCCGGCUCCCCAGCUAGCCCGCUUGGGUUUAUAACAUGGUCGCAACAACUGGUCGCAAAUUGUUUAAUCCAAAGUAAGAGUGGAUAAAAAGUCAAGACAUCUGACUAUCCUUGUCGCAAGCAGUAAGUUAAGCUGGUUAGCUAAGUUAGCUAACUGGCUUGUUUUUUGUUUUUGUUUUUGUUUUUUUGCGCACAACCUGAGCUGCCGUUUGCAUGGGAAUUAAUCAUCCAGCGUGACAACGUACAGCUGGACCCCGCUGGCAGGAUCGUUAUUUACAAGUUCAACGGGCGACAAAACAGGCAAUGCAGCCAACCCCCAAGAUCCAGUCUGAAGAGCGCAAGACAGAAAAAACAGGAACUGAUCCAGACCUCCAUCCAACAUUUUCAAAAGUCAGAGGCCAGCCGGCUUCUCCCUGCACCUGGGAUGGUGCCAUGUGACAGAGCGGCUGUGGAGCCAUAACCCCACCACCACCGCUCUGUCGUCUCGACUCCAAGCUGCUCGCCCACCACUGAUCUCACCGUCAGUCUCCCCUUCCUCCCUUUAUCUUUGCUCUGAGCCCUGGACAGGGCCACCACAGCCACCACAUGACUCACCCACUGGAGCCCUAGAUCAAGUCAGUUGAAGCUGAAAAUGAGUGCAGUAGGGGAAAACCCCCUGGACCCUGCCACGCCGGAGUCACGCAAGAGGAAGGGCUCACCAUGCGACACAUCAGGGCAGAGUCUGGAGAAGCGGAGACGGGAGCUGGAGUGCCGCUACAUCGAGGAGCUGGCUGAGCUGCUGUCGUCGAACAUGGGCGACAUCGCAAGUCUCAGUGUCAAGCCCGACAAGUGCCACAUCCUCAAGAGCACCGUGGACCAAAUUCAGCAGAUGAAACGGCGUGAGCAGGAGAAAGCAGCUCUUCUGUCUCCAGAUGAUGAGGUGCAGAAGAGCGACAUCUCCUCCAGUAGCCAGGGGCUGGUGGAGAAAGAGGCACUGGGGCCCAUGCUGCUAGAGGCCCUCGAUGGGUUUUUCUUCGUUGUCAACCGAGAGGGCCGCAUAGUCUUCGUUUCCGAGAACGUGACGAGUUACCUUGGAUACGCCCAGGAGGAGCUGAUGACCUCGAGUGUCUACAGUAUCCUCCACGUGGGAGACCAUAAUGAAUUUGUCCGCAAUCUGCUGCCCAAAAGCCUCGUUAACGGUGUGCCGUGGCCGCAGGAAACUGGCCGAAGGAACAGUCACACCUUUAAUUGUCGCAUGCUGAAGAGGCCGCCGGACGAAGUGGAUUCAGAGAAUCCCGAGGCUCGGCAGCAAUACGAGAUCAUGCAGUGUUUCACCGUGUCACAACCACGGACCAUGCAGGAGGAGGGAGACGACCUGCAGAGCUGCCUAAUCUGUAUUGCCUGUCGGAUACCUCGCUCCCAGGCUUUCAGCACUGAGUCUUUCAUCACGAGGCAGGACCCCACAGGGAAGAUCAUCUCCAUAGAAACAAGUGCUUUGCGAGCGACAGGGCGGCCUGGCUGGGAGGACCUGGUCAGGAAGUGCAUCUACGCAUUCUUUCAGCCGCAGGGCAAAGAGCCCUCCCACGCCAAGAAGCUGCUGCACGAGGUGAUGACCCACGGCACCGCUAUCAGCCCGCUGUACCAUUUCACGUUAAGCGACGGCACUCCGCUCAGCGCUCAGACACGCUGCAAGUUCUGCUGCCCCCCCAACCCUGACGUACAGCCCUUCAUCAUGGGCAUUCACACUAUUGACAGGGAACACAACACUGCUAGCUCUCAGGAAAACACUAACCCCAGCCUUCCACCCAACCUCGGCAGCCUUGCCCAAACUCCCUCCCGCUCCCCCUCCCUUCUUACCGGCAGCAACUGGACCCAAGGCUCAGGCGCUGCCACCUCGGGCCUUCACCCCAACAACAGCAACGCCUCCUCCCACGGACACAACCCAGCCACACCCGCAGGCUACCUUACACCCAAUCGGACCUGCUCCCAGGUCAACAGCCCCUCUCCUUUGAGCAGCCCACUCACAGCCACCCCUACCUCUUUUGUGUCACCCAGGAUGCCACGGGCCAGUCCUGGGUUAGGGGGAAGUCCUCGGGUAACGGGGAACCCCUUCUCUCCUUCCACACCGGGCCUCCAUUCCCCUGCCGGGGCACCAAGCAGCGGAGGCAGCCUCAAUAGGCAGCAGUCUGGCGGCGACGGUAGUAGCAGUGCCAGCUGCACGUCAACGGGAUCCUUCUCCCUGUCCUCUCCUGUCCCUCAGAGACAAGCCAGUACACCCUCCGGAUUCUCUAAUCGGCCGCCAUCAACAAAACCACCAGAGGGAGGAGAAGGAGGGGGUGAGGACUCUGUUAAAGCCCCCCUUCCUUCUGCCUCACAGCUGGGCAACCCCAGACCCAAUCAGCUCCUGGAUAGCAAUGGAACAGGAGCCGAAUCAAACAACAACAACAACAAUAGCAUCCACUGCAACUCAUCACCUCAUCCUCCAAACCCUCCUCCUGCUGCGCCUCAGUGCCCCGCCUCCCACAGUACUCUAACAGAACGACACAAGAUUCUACACAGGCUGCUCCAGGACAGCAGCCCCAAUGACUCCUCCACCACCAUGGAGGACGGAAUAAACAAAAACCAAGUCGAGAUCAAGAGGGAGCCGCCCGCCAGUCCUGCUCUGAUUGCAGCAGCUGCCAAGUCCAGCUCCAGAGAGCCGCAGGACCAUCAACUGCUACGCUUUCUCCUUGAUACAGACGAGAAGGACUUGGGCGACCUUCCACCUCCAUCAGCUCUAAGCCUGCAGACGGUUCGAGUUAAAGUGGAGAAGAGAGCCAGCGUGGACGGAGGGACCUGCUCGGGGUUGACUGUUGCCAUAGGAGGGGGUUCGAAACCUGUCUCCAGCAGCACCGCUUGCGUCAGUCCCAAAUCAAGCCCAAUCGGAGAGAACCGGCGAGACAGCCGCAGGGACAGCCGAGACUCGAUGUCUGGUGGCCCUGUUGACAUGGACCCUCUCACCCAGCUGCUGCCUGGUCUCAGAGGCCCGAGUGGGGCCAAACAGGGCAGCGAGGAUUCAAUAACAACCCCUGGAGGAGGCCCCCAACUCCACUCUCCAGCUCCCCAGCCCCCAGCUCAGCUCCAGUCCCCCGUGCCUCAGCUCCAGUCCCCCCUGUCCCAGCCCCAGUUGCAGUCGCCGUCACCUCAGCUCCACUCGCCUUCCCCGCAGCUCAAACUGCAGUCACCCACUCAGCUCCAGCCCGGCGAGGCCAGCACUCCCCGCAACAUAAAUGUGAAGAGAGAGCCGCCUGGCACUCCAAACAGAGGCCUCAGUGAUGGCGGUCCUCCCUCUGGCUGCAGCCUCCAGAGUCAGUCAUCCUUUGACUUCUGCAACCCCCCCACUCCAAGCCAGACACAGGCGCAGGGACAGGGAGACAGCAGCCCAUUCCCAGAGGCAGAAGUUAUCAACGCAUUCAGUUCAAGCACUGGCCUAACCAAGAUGGACGUUGGAGACUCCCAGUUCCAGCCCCUGGCGCUGUCCGACACCUUGUCCUUUGAUGGUCUUGGAACACCUUUACAAGCUCCCUUGGCAUCACCACAAGAGCAGUGUGUGCCCUGUACGCUGGAUGAAGUGCUGGGACCUCCGACUACACCCGAAGGCCGAAGUGAUGAGAAAGCUCUGUUAGAGCAGCUCGUCUCCUUCCUCAGUGGGACUGAUGAGAGUGAACUGGCCGAGCUCGAUAAAGCUCUGGGUAUCGAUAAAAUUGUACAGGGUGGCUGUUUUGACCCUUUGGCUCAAAACUUCCCAGCCCAGCAACCCACUGCCAGCCCAAUUUCCAUGGACCCUAAACUCCCCACCUACCCUUCCCAAUUUACACCAGCCUCUCAAGCGCAGUUUCCUCCAGAGCUGGCCACGGUGGGGCCACAGGGCCUGGGGUUCGGGGCCCCCAGAGGCGCUUUCCCAGGUGGGGCGACAGGCAUCGGGCUAAGGCCAGGUAUGGCGCGACCACAGGGGAUGGGAACUCAGCUCAGGCUGCCUCCCAACCAACUGCGCCUACAGCUGCAGCAGAGGCUUCAAGGCCCACAGCAGCUCCAGAACAGGAUGGCAGGCAUGAAUCCGUUUCCAGGAGGAGCCCAGCAUGUGAACAUCGGGAUUCGUCAGGGCGUUCAACAGCCUCAGAUGCCCUCACAACAGCCUCCACUGAACGCCCAGAUGCUGGCCCAGCGUCAGAGGGAACUCUACAGCAUCCAGCACCGCCAGCGCCAGCUUUUCCAGCAAAAGGUCCUGCUGAUGAGACAGAACAUGGCAGGAGCUCCAACCGGAGCGGUGGCAUCCAUUGGAACUGCCAGGGUCCCCAAAGGUCCCCCAACGACGCCACAGCAGCAGCAACCGCAACAGCAGCAGCAGUUUAACUUCCCACCAGGGUACAACCCGAUGGCGGGAAAACCCCCUACCUCACCAAGUCACUUCAGCCCCAUGACCGGGGGCCCUCUGGACAACAAGCUGUCCGUCAGAGUUCCCCUGAACAACCAGACGCUGAUAGGCGGCGUGCAGGGCCAGUUCAGCAGCACAGUGAACUCCUCUUUGCAGCCGGGCCUGUUUCAGCAGUUUGCAGGGUCUGCUUUGGUCCAGCCAGAUCCACCCUUCCCUCCUGAGAUGAGCCCGACCAGCCCGUUGUUGUCACCUCAGAACUCAUCAUCCCAGAGUCCUUUGCUUCAGCAAGCCCCACCUCCUGGCUACCAGUCACCAGACAUGAAGAGCUGGCAACAGACAGGCAUGAGCAGCAACAGCCUGUUCAGUCAGUCAGGACAGAGUGCAACACAGCCCUUUGGCCAGCAGGGGGUGUAUAACAACAUGAGCAUCACCGUCUCCAUGGCCGGAGGUUCGGGUGGUGUCGGCUCGUUACCUCCCAUUGGGCAGCCUGUUGGUAUGAGCAACAGUAACCUCAGCAGUGUGGGCUCAGUGGGCAGCGACCAGCAGGUGCAGCAGGUUCAGGUGUUCGCGGACGUCCAGUGUACAGUGAACCUGGUCGGCAGUGACUCCUACCUGAACCAGGGCACCAUCGGAGCCGCGGCCCCCCAGAAGGGCCCCGGGCCACAGGGCUCCCAGAACAACCAGGCCCAGCAGAAGAGCCUCCUCCAGCAGCUGCUCACCGAGUGACAACCCCACCCCUUCAGCUCUCCUACUCCCUCUACUUCUCACUUCUACGCCUCCUCCUCGGAGGUCGGUGCACCAGACCCAUUGCUGUCUCUGUCUCACCUUUUAGAUGGAUGGAUGGAAGGAUGGAUGUUUGGACGGCCACAGUGUGUGUGUAGGCUCGGAGGGGUUUGGCUGUCUGUCAGGUGGAGUUACACAGCCGAACCACUUCUCUGCAGGGUUGGGGGGGAUCCGGGGCUGGUUGUUCUACCGCCCAGUACUUUAAGAAAAGACUCAUGUCAGAAGGAGCAGCAGUGUAUUUAAACCUGCCUGUCUAAUCUGUCUGACAACCUGUCUGUCUGCCUCAGCCUAUUAAAGGCAGUGUUGUCUUGCUGCUCAUUCCUUGGUGACCUACUUCCUGCUUCCUGACCCAAGAAAACAACUGCGACACCAUUGUAGAUUUGCCAAGUUGUCGUCACUGUCAAAUCAGGGCCGGCCUCCUUUUUUGUUUCUCUGAUCGGACGGUUUCAGUCGGGCCGUCGCAGCAGCAGCAGCAGCAGCAGCAGCAGCAGCAGCAGCAGCAGCAGUGCAUCUUGGGAGUGUGAGCUGCAGCAUACAGCUGUAGCUCUGCGUUUUUAUGUGUGGGAGUAUCCCACACGGCAGCACCUCUGGCUUUUAUUUUUGUUUGUUUUUUGUUUUCCUCUACCUGUCUCUCAGCGAUGUGGGAAUGUUUAAGGUUUCAGACCUCUGUGGCAUUGUGGGAUAGAAGCUCAGUAUCAGCUGGUUCUGUGACUGUCUCUCUCUAUCAGCUACAGUGCCUGGUGGAAGUUUGAGUUUUUCCCAAGCUCUGCUUCUUCUUCUACAUAUUAUUCUAUUACGUCUUCUGGUUUAUUUUUUGGAGUUGUUUUGUUUUUAAAAAAAAAAAAAAUCUUCUGCUCUCACCGUCAUCAUCAUCAUCGUCAUCUUCAUGAUCAUCAGAACAAGCUUUGACAACAGCCAGACUGGAUGGAUGGAUGGAGGGAUUGACGGAUGGAUGGGAGACAGACAGGAUGCUGCUCAGUUUGGAACUUACGUGUCUUUCUCCCCCGGGAGGAGGUUUUAUUUUUAUUUUUAUUAUUUUUCAAAGUAUAAAAAAAAAAAAACGACUGUUAUGAUUAUUUAACUGUCUGUCCGUCACAUUUUACCCCUCACCUCAGCAGCUGUGAAUACAGAGCCCAGUCGGGUUCUCUCUCUCUCUCUCUCUCUCUCUCUCUCUCUCUCUCUCUGUCUCUCUCUCUCUCUCUGUGUGUGUAUCUUUCAUGCUAUCUCUCUCGGCCUAUCAGUGUUGUUUGCCAUGUGCACCAUGCAGGCGGGUAGUAUUGUACAGUACAGAAGGACAAAGACUUGGGGAUGAGCUCGCUCUUCACUUGUAACUGCUUUCCUUUAAAAGAAAAAAAGUGUAACUCAUUGACGACUCAGAACAGCAAAACUAUGUAUAAUGUGAUUCGAUCCAGGUUUCUUUUUUUUUUUUUUGUUAAAUUUGAAUUUUUGAGAUUGUUUUUGGCAUCAUGAUAUUGUAAUGCGGCUACAUGUUGCAGUAGAGGAGGAAGUUAUUCCAUCUUCUGGAAUGUGAAAAGAAAUUCUAAAGUAUCGCUAGAUUUUGCUCCCUACGGCAUCCCGUUCAGUGCUACACUUUGUGGGGGAAAAAAAAAUGGGUUUGAUUGCUCUGCUUUCUCUUGUAACCAGGGAGCUAGUUAGCACGGAAGUCCCGAGAGCCAAAUAAGAAAAAGAAAUUCUGGUCAUCCAUUUUCUAAGUCUGAUAUAAAUUGUUUUCUCUUCUGUGGUUUUGACUUGUGAACCGGUGAAAAAAGAAAAGGUUUUGUGUGGAUAAUUUGUCGUGGUUGGAGUUAGUAUCAUUAUCACUUUGCCAGGAAAACUUCUCUCAGCACUUUAACAUAAUAUAUGUAUGUUGUGUUAAAGGGUGCAAGCACUUCAAAAAAAAAAUUGAAAGACUGAUCAUGACCAAAAAUAGAUUUUCAAUAGGCAACUGCCAAAAGUUUUUUAUUUUUUUAUUGUUUAUAUUAGCCCCAACAGAUGUGGGAGGGGAAUGAAGGCACUUAAAAAGAUGAAAAGAUCAGAAGGAAGAGAAUUCAAUUUAUUAUCACACGUUUUUUUUUUCUUCUUAUGGAUCUCUAGAAUGCAUUUUUCUCACGGGCCUUCCGUAAGUUAGCCGUCUUUUCUCGCUAUCUCCUCUUUUUUAUUCUUAUGUAUGUACAAUACUUUCAAGAAAACCUCUCAGACAGUACAUGUAUUUGUAACCAUUGUAUAAAAGAAAGCUUAAUAAUACCGCGGUCUUUGCUGCGAUCGCGUGACCUCUGGAGAUGUUAACGGUACUCAGCCGCAUCCGACGUCGCGCACCGAAUCGCAGCAAACGAGGCGCUUUUUUGGGUAUUGUUCCUAUAUAAUGACAUUUAAGUAGAGGCUUUAGUAAUAGAAAUUCCUAACAAAGUGAACAAUGUGAUGGAUGAUUAAUUUAAAGCUGUCAUGAAAUUGAAUCACAACAGGGCGGGUUGAGUCACAAAAAAAGACAUCAGUGUUGUUCCCCUCAAGGAUUUCUUUUCUUUCUUUCUUUUUUUUGGUUUUUGAGAUUCAACCCUCUUCUCCCUCCACCUCUGGUUCCAUGAUGAAGACUUCACUCCACUGGCUACACACUCACACAUGCAGUUUUCUGUUGACUACUGUUGCUCAGUCAGACACUGUCUCUCUCAGCGAUAACAAACAAAUGAAAAGUCCACUCUUUCUUUCUGUUGCACACACAGAAAAGAUGUGCUUCUUACAGCUCACACUUUACCGGGAAUUUAGACAAAGGAAAAAACCUGCCGAGAUGUUUGCCUCUAAAUAUCAACAUUUGCUUUAGGGCUCAGUCUGACACACUAUUAACCAAAGGUUACAAAUGUAGGAUGCUUUAAGGACUCUUUUCACACAGGAAUAAUUUCCAAUUUCCAAUUUAAAUCGACCUUCAUUUGGGUGAUCCUGUAUCAAUUUAUAAAAUCCCAAGAUCGACUGAAACUGAUAUUUGAAAUGUAACAUCUCUAACCAAAUUGCUUUUGAAUCAAAUUGGGACCUUCUGAAUCAGUUCAAAAAAUCAUAGACAAUAUCCAGUGAUUUGUAAAGACCACAAAGAUCCUCAUCUGCGCUCAAAACCAGUCGUUUCCUGAUCGGACGAUUCCUGUGUGAAUCCUUGUCCUGCGGUUACUUUUUCGAUAUUUUUUCACCCUUCUGUCCCGGUAAAGAAAUCGUAGACAGUCGUGGAAUCCGUGGAGACCUCACGUUCAGUUGUUGGGACAGUAUUCAUCAACCCCCCGUCAACUCACGACUCAUCGCUCACUUUCAGAUCAACAACAUCCCGCUACUCCAGUGGAAUAGGGCUUUCCUGUGUACUGUUUUUUUACAGAGAUACUUCACCGUAUGCAAUGUUACCCACGUAUAGAGGGAUAGUAUGCAAGGUCAACAUUCCACCCACCAACUCCUCCAAUGUUGUAUGAUGUGAGAACCACUUUGUGCUCAGCUGAAGCGCUCUGUGUGUGUUCAUGUGCAGAACAGAGGCCCCCCCGGGAGCUGUCGCCAUCUUUAAUCUGUCUUUUUAAUUUCGAGUCCUGAAUGGAGGAAAGUCUGCCUCCUGGAGAUGGUUUUAUUUUUUCUACUUUUCUGUGUGUGUAUAUUUAUUAGAAAAAGCAUGUGGUUUAAUCAUGAGUAGGCUUUCGAGCUCCUUUUUAUUACCUCAUUAUUGUUUUAUUGGACAAGAGUUUCUGUCUGAUGAUGUUUUCCUUUUGACCGUGUUUUCACACUGUGGGUCAGUGUAGUCCUCAAAGAUCACGUCCGCCAAUGUUACAUACGUUUGAUUCAACUCUGCAGUGUGCUGAGCACUUUUUAUGUUUCAUAUAAACAAAGAGCAAAUCAUGUUUUUCUGAGGUUUAGAGCUGCAACUAAUGUUUCUUUUCAUUUUAGAUGAUUUUCUCCAUUAAUCGUUGAGUUGUUUGAUCUGUAAAAUGUCUGAAAAUGGUGAAAAGUUGGAUCAGUGUUUCUAAGAGCCCAAGAAAAUGACCUCAGGUGUCUUGUUUGUCCACAACUCAAAGAAAUUCAGUUUAUUGUCAACUGUAUGGGAAACAAGCAGUUAAAAACAAGAUAGGUGGUUCAUAAUUAAAGAGUUGGCAGUUUGACAGCUGUGAAGGUCUUCUGCAGUUCCCCGGAUCCCAUGGGAGCAUUUUUUAAAUUCUUAAUUUUGUCUGAUUAGCUGUCCAAAACCAAACAAAAUCUUAAAUUUUAAGACAUGAAAAGGAGAAAAGCUGUAGAUCUCCACAGCGGAGAAGCUAAAACUUGAUGAAUUACUUUAAAAAAAUGAAUUGAUAAUCAAAAUAGUCUUUCCAGCCCUCCUGAGAUCAUUUGUCACGACAUUUGGUGCGUCCCAUUUCUUCCUUUCGACCGUCUCAGAUUAAAACCCCCUCUACCUCCAAGCUGAGACUACCUUAGUACAAGAUGUUUCCCCCCUUGGAGCCAACUUGUCGUUUUUUUAGACACGGUUUCCAUUCCAUUUUCUCAGAAUCUCAACCUGUUUAAACACUCUUAGCCUCCAAAACCAAUCAUAAAGUUUAGGGAGAGAUCUGGGACAAGGCCAUCAGUUUUUUGUCUUUCACACCAAAAUCUUUCUCCUUGUAGCGCAUACUAGCAGGGUUUGUUAAUCCCUUGAAAGUCUGGGAAGUCUGGAAAAGGCUUUAUCUGGAUAUUUCAAGAUUUAAAUUUGAAUAUAAUCCUUAAAAACGCUUGAUUAUACCCAUGAUCUGGUAUUUGAUCCACACAAUCAGUAACACAAACCAAAAAUGUUUUAAUAUUUUUAACGAAACCCCUCGUCAUAUUCAUGUAUAUAAAAUUUUAAAAUGUCACAAUCAAAACAUACAAUCAAGGUUAAUAUAAAAGUAUAUUAAUGAGUCCUGGAAACUUAAUUCUUUGCGCUCCCGUCUGUUGUAACAGUUAAGAGGUGAUGAUAAAGGCUUCAAGAGUUUGGAAGUUGUUAGUUUAAGUACUUACAAUCAGUCAAUCAAACGAAAAUCGCACCACUCAAAUAAAUCCAAAUGCCAUUCGAGAUGCCUUACAGGUAAUUAAACAAAACAAGAGAUAGGAUACAAAAACAGUUAUGGAUUCAGAGAUGAAUGCACACCAAGACGGCAAUUAAAUGUGGUUAGUUAGAAAAGGGAUCAAGAAUAAAACCUAAAACAUCGACACAAAUAAAGAUUAUGAAAUAUUUCACUUCAGAAUGUAUUAUAUUUUUUAAAAAAGUGCUUGAAUUUUCCUUUUUAAACCCAGUACAACACCACCAUAACGAAAAAAGAAUGGCCACCGGUUUGGAGCGAGGAAGCUCAGAAAAGUCGUCGCCUUCCUCUUUACAGUUUCUCACGGUGUGAAAACUCGGGUCCGACACUCCUUUCGCUGCUGUUCGGUCCAUGUAAAAACACUCUGAGCAGACAGAAGCUGCACAAAGUGGUAGAAUGUAUUAUUUUGGAAGGAUUCUGCUCUUGUUUAUCGGCUCUGAUGACUUCACACGGACAGUAUUGACGCCUCCCUCCCUCCUUUCCUCUCACUCUUCUGCGUGGAAUAGGCAUUCCUAUGGAAAUGGUUUCCUCUAUAACUCCUGUCAACUGCAGAAACUCUCAGCUUUCUCCUCCCGCGACAACACAACCAACAUGCCAAAUACAACCAAUGCAUAUGUAAUCUUUUAUUUUUUUUAUUUUAUUUUUUUUAAUGCAACAGCCAUUCAAUGGAAAACGACAGUCCCUCCUUCCUCACUACAAUUAACAGGUACAAGGUUCUUUUUGUAACAUUUGGUUUCAAGAUGUUAACAUAAUGUAUAUAACAGAGAAAUGUGAAUAUGUAUUUGUUCAGAAUCAAAUGAAAAAAAGUAGUGCUCCGAGUUUGUGGUUAAAAAAAAAAAAAAAAAAAAGAAAAAAAGAAAAGAAAACACACAAAAAAAAACUACUCGCCUCCGUCAUGUUUUUAUUUUAUGUUUUUGAUUUUCUACUUUUUUUAUUUUUCUGAUGAUGUAUGUAUGUAUAUGACUAUCAAGUGAGUGUGUAUGUAUGUGUGUAAGUGAUUAAUACUGUAUAUCUGGUGUUCUCUAAGAUGGAAAAGUCGAAGAUGUCCUGGUUUGAUUUCUUUUCUUCUUUUUACUCUUUAGACCCUGCACAGUACCUGUGGGUGUUUUCAGAUAAACUAUGCCAGAGAAUGGUUUUUAGCGACUGCUGAAUGUGAUUUUACUGAGAGAGAAGCAGUGUGGACUGGCUUUUUGUACGGGUUAAUUUAAAAAAAAAAAAAAAAGAAAGAAAAAGAAAAAAAAAGGCCAUAUUAUUUAAUUUUCUCUGUUGUCAAAAAAAAAGUUUAAAGCAGAUCUGGGAGAGUGGAGCCUUGGUUUUAUGGAGAAGCAUUGCCUGGUUGAUGUGUGUAUUAGUGGGCUUUUCUUAUUUUUAUUUCCUAACUGUCUGACUGAUGUAGCCUUUUUUUGCAUUUGUCAAUAGUAAAAAAAAUGACCAAAGCUUCAAGAUGUUUCAUAUGCAAACCUCAUCAUCACUGGACAAGACAUAAUGUAGCGGCCCCCUCUUUUUUUUUUCUUCUUCUUUUUUUUUUAAUUAACUUCUCUCACACACAGCGACAUUCUGCUGCCGUCUCGACGUUGUUUCGCAUGUUUCCCCUCGCUCUUUACUCAACACUGUCUUUCCUCUUUUUUUUUUUUUCCCCCCCAAGUGGCCUCUCGGCAUUAUCAGCGAGAUGUCCCAAAGCUCAAUCGGUUUCUCGAGACGUCUCCACGUUUUUUUUUUUGUUUUUUUUUUUUGCCAAUGAGGUCUUUUGUGCCUGAAGUGCUAUCACUCGUUUACAGGAAGAAUAGAAAGAAAAAAAAACAUUUGCAACCGAUAGCUAUGCACCUUACUGAAACAAAGCAUUUCCUCACGUUGACUUUGGGUAUGUAGAACCAACACUGGAGUGACACUAAAUCGUUAAUUUCAUAGGCAAGUUUGAAGAAAAGAGAAAAGAAAAUAUAUGGAAAAGCCCCUUCAGUGGGAGCUCCCCUCUCAGUCGAUAUCUGAUGACCUCUCUCAGCUUUAAAUCUUUUUGUUUCCAUCAACUGAAUACUUUAUACCAAACUUGAGGUGCCUCGUGUAUAUACUUUCCGCAGUGAAGAUUGCUCCUUUGCUGUUUAACAAUAAUAACCUUGUUAACCAGGGUUUUUUUUUAAACCUUUUUUCACCUUUAUAAAAAAAAAAGUUUACUGUAUUAUAAAAGACUUUUUUACACACAUAGAAGAUUAAAUCAGAAUUAUUCCAGGAAUUUGCAAAUACAAUCUAAUUUUGCACUUUAUAUCAGAUUUACUCGGAGUGACAAGGCCAUCAGAAAAACUGUCUCGAUCAGAUAUUUUGAGACAGAUUAAGUAAAUGUCCCCCUGAAUGUAACAAGAAAAUGUUUAGUAGUUUAAUUUGAAAAUCAACGAAUCUCUCAGGUUCUUUAAGGAAGAACUUGGCUGUAGUGGAACAUCCAGACUAAAACUUGUACACACUUUACCUUCUUUGUAUUGUAGUUCUCUCUCUCUCUCUCUCUGUCUCUUUCUGCCUGUCUCUGUCUACACCAACCAGUCCUCAGUAUAAAUACUAUGCCAAUCUUCUUCAGGUGACGUCCCCUCCUCCUCCUCCUCCUCCUCCUCCUCCUCCUCUCUGCGCUGUCAGCUGACACCAGGCGUACUGUUAUUUUAAAAAAAAAUGGAGAAAAAAAAACCUCUCAGAACAUUCCUACUCACAACACAGUUUCAGCAACCGUCAACACUUAGCUCUUGUAGCUGCCGCCACAGCCGCCAGCCGCUCUGCGUUCACUUUUCCCACAGCGUCAAACGUGUUUUUCCUUAAACCAAGGUGGGCUUUUUUUUUUUUCCUUAUCAGCAAAAGUUAAAAAGGUCUGGUUGUGUGAGACUUAACCUCUGCUAUCUAGCAACAAUUGUGCACUGACAUAAAAUGACAACACACUAAUUGUGUUGCUUGUCCUCUCUGUUUUUGCUUGUCUUGUCACACUUCUGUGCUGCCUGAUGUGGAAGAUUCUAGUGGUGCGCUCAUGUCAGAGUCGGGGGCCAAUGGCGGGUGCAGAUUCACUGCGAAAAAAAAAAAGAAAAACAAACAAAUUGAAAUAUAUUCCAUUAAUCCAAGGCAUGCUCACUUCUCAUUGGUCCAAAAUAGUAUUUAUGAGUCACAAUGUGCUCAUACCAAGAUUGGGCCAAAAAAAAGAGAGAGAGAACUUAUAAUUCAGUGUUGUUAAUUUGAGGUCUGCCUCGGUCCAAAAUGGUAUUUGUAUCAGGAUCAGCAAAAAAAAAAAAAAUCAAUAUAAAAACCAAAUUCAGUUUGGAUUGCUUUUGUCUGUUCUCAAAUAUUAUUCUAACAUUUUGAAAUGUUCUCAUUCCUCAUCGUUCCAUAAUGAAAAUUUGCCCACUACUCUGUGCAGGAUCAGGGCAGUGUCAUGUGUAGGGUUGGGCUAAUGUGGGAAAUUGAAAGCAAAAAAUCAAAGAGAAUUUGACAUUUUAAAAUAUGGAGCGUUCUCACCCGUCAUUGGUCCAAAAUGUUCUGUGUGCACCGUUAAGACUCUCCAUUGUCCUUUAACUCCCACUCAUUCCUAAUGCAGGUGUUCAAACUAAUCUCUACUCUGUGUGAAAGUUACUACAGCAUCAGUUAAGUAUUGUAUGUGCUGCCGUAUUGGGACUGAGGUUGGAUAUGGUUCAGAGACUUUAAAAGAAGGCUUCUUGUUAUUAUUAACUCACCACUUUGUGUUGUUUUCUGGGGGGUGGUAAUGCUUUCUCUGGAGAAUUUGAGAAAAAUGACCAAGGUUCCACUUUCUCCCUUGUACAAAUUAAUAUAAAUAAAUAUAUAUAUAAAUAUAUAUUAUACAUUUUACUCAUUUUUGUCCAGUUUUGUAUAUUACACUCAUGUAAAGUUUGUUUUUAAAGAGGCAUCGGAGCAGCUAUUACAAGACAAUAUGAGUGACAAUGUUCAUCUGGGAGAAUUUUAUGCAUGUUAUAUUUUCUUCUUUUCUCUCUCUCUCUCUCUCUGUCUCUGUCUCUUUUAAUACCCCCCAUCCCCCCUGUUCAGGUGUGUAACGUGACUAUAAAGAAAUCUACCUUUUCUUUGGAAUGUUGUAGACAAUCAGUCUCAGGCCGGGUCCAGUCCCUGUCGGGAGUGAGAGCCCUGUAGGCUGAUAGACAAACAAAACUCAUUUUUGUUUGACAAUUUAAAAAACUCUCUUUAUUUGCAUCUACUGGAAGUCUAAAUUUUUUUGGAGGUUUGUUGAUUCAUAUGUUCGUGGCUGCUCAAGUUUACACACACACUUCUCUACUACACUCAAAACACAAACACCUCGUGCAUUUGAUCCCUCUGCUUUUUUUUUUUUUUUUCCAAGGUGAGGAUGCCAACCUUGAGGAAAUGAUGCUUUGACUAACAAAUCUAUAACAUCUAUGAAUGUGGGAAUGCAACACAUUGCAAUAAAAGCACCAUUUGAAAUGCA